CAGAAUUAGAAAGCACAAUGGGAAAUACUGUGAAAACGCCGAGAGCAUCCGAAGAAACAAAUGUGCCGAGCCAAACGGGUCAGGAGAGUGAUUUCCUUGCUGUCCUCUAUGACUAUCCUUCAGCAGACAUAAGCCAACCUAUAUUUCAUGUAGGGGAAAAACUACGUGUGCUAUCAGAUGAAGGAGGCUGGUGGAGAGUUCAUUCCCUUACAACAGGUCGAGAAAACUAUAUUCCAGGAAAAUAUGUAGCAAAGGUUUACCACGGCUGGUUAUUUGAAGGGCUGGGAAGAGAAAAAGCAGAGGAACUUCUACAGCUACCCAACACCAAGGUUGGCUCCUUCAUGAUCAGAGAGAGUGAAACUAGGAAAGGGUUAUAUUCCUUGUCGGUGCGGCACAGGCAAGUGAAACAUUACAGGAUCUUCCGCCUUCCAAAUAACUGGUAUUACAUCUCUCCACGGCAAACCUUUCAGUGCCUUGAAGACCUUGUGAAUCACUACUCAGAAGUUGCCGAUGGUCUCUGCUGUGUCCUUACAACACCUUGUCUUACCCAGUGCACUAACAACAACAGCGUAAUGAAUCAAGUUCCUCCUGUGGUGAUGCGGAAUAAAAACUUCAACUGGAGAAAUAUUCACAGGCUGGAGAUGACUGAAGAUACUGAAAGCACCCUGGCAGCAAUGGAUGAUUCUUGUCUCAGCUAUGGCCUGAGGGAAAGCAUCGCUUCCUACCUCUCCUUAACAGGGGAUGAUAACGCUUCUUUUGCAAGUGCCAGAAAGAAGAAAGCCCAAUCUCUUAUAUACACAGGGAGCAAACGUAAGAGUACCCUUCACUUGCCACCUACAUACUAUGAGGACUAAAUGUAAGACAACCAGGGGAAAAAAAACCCUGAGGGGUUAGAAGAGAAACUCAGAGCAUCCUGUGGUCCUGCAGUCCUUUGACAGCUGAGAUAAGAUACACAAGCACACCAGCUGAUGAUCAAAUGCUGGCAAUGCUUCUGCAUUUCCUCUUCUGAAUGUUAACCAGAGACCUUCUUAAGGGUGCUAUCUCAGCCACGGCAUCUGCUGGGAACGUCCCCAAGUGCACCUGAAAUUAGAACCUGCUCACAAGCAGGAUAAACAGAUAGACUCUAAGUCAAGAGCCAAGUGAGGCAGAUGACUCUUCAGCAAGGGUGAUGCCCACCAUUGUACAAAGGUGAUUGCAUAGGGAAGGACUAACUACAGCUCAAGAACUUCAAUUAAGUCUUACUCUGGUAUUCUCCACAAGGCUGAACACCAUCUUUACAGAACCUACCUACACUGAGAACAGGAGCUUUUUUCUUCUCUAUAUAGAAUCAUUCAUUGUCAUUGAAAAUGGGUCAGAAAGUCAUCAAUAACCCCAAGAAAGUAUCUAACAUCUGGCAUCCAAGAAACACCUGACUAUAUUGACUCCAUACUUCUGUCAUUUUUACCUUUUAGGGGAAAAAAUUAAAAUCAUUGACUUUCCAAGUGGCAUUUAAUUCAACUGCUGGUAAUGGCCUGCAGUGUCACAAAGCGGUCACAAAAUUAAGAACAGGCUUAACUCACUGAGAAAAGCAGUUCCUGCUCAGCCCUGAGUUGAGAGUACAGGCAUAUCCAAAAGCAUAACUCAGCUGCUCAUAGUCUAGCACAUAUACAACAGAGAACAAACGGAUUUUUAAGUGAAAAGUAAAAUGUGGUAAUAUCAUGCCUAACUGCAAAGGUAGGCUUGCAAAGGUGUGACCUUUUAUGUGUAGAGGACCAGAUUUUAACCUCAUCUCCUGAAGGCACCCCCAUAUUUAUGUAUAAUAUUUAUAUUAAUAGCAGCUUUUUUUAAUAAUUAAACUAAGAGAGCAAAUCAGCAACAGUGGAUGUUAAAAGAGUUUUCUGAAUUUCUUGCCUAAAGUUAUGUCAAAUAGUAAUGACACACUUCAUCAAACUGCUUAAAGAUUUGUAACUGGGUUACAAGUUUCACGAAUUAGAGAUUUUUUCUAUAUAUAUGUACCCAUUGCUAAGUGAUAAAGGAGCAGCUAGCAUGGUCCUGUGAACCUGACAUGUGAUUGCUUUCUAAAUCAAGUAGUCACUCACAUCUGGGGGUGUAAAAUGCUGCAAUCUCUGUUCUCGAGCCGAGAUCUUUUCAAUCUAAUAUUCUGUCAUACCUUUUUGCACAGAUUUGAGUAAUGAAAGUUUGGAGAGAUAGGGAAUUGGGGUUUACAUAUAUAUAUAUAUAUAUAUAUAUUUCCUCUGUAAAUACCUCUUAGCACAAAUCUGUGUGCUCUUUAGAUCUUGUAACAGAUCAUUUGCACUAGCAAGAGAGAUUCAGAGAUCAAAAUAGUUCACAGCUUAUUUAAACAUAUUUCAGAACUUAAAGGAUGAAUGUAAUUUGGCUGGUAAACAUUGAACACCACAAAGCAAAAUGAACUCAGGAACUCUAGGCAUUUGUAUAAUCUCAUUACUGUUACUGCUCAUUAAUAUGUUAUGGUGACUGCAUUUUAUCCAGUGAAAAGCAUAUGGAGAGCAUUACAGAUUUCUAAGUCAUGACUUGUAUUUAUUCAUUAAAAUAA